ACCAAGCACCGACUACGCGGUCUCAAUACACCCCAACUUCCCCUCCCCUCCCCCGCGGACUGCCUGGUUUGAGAUGUGAGUGGAAGAUGUCGGUUUCGGGUCUGAAGGCCGAAUUGAAGUUUUUGGAGUCAAUUUUUGACCCAAACCACGAACGUUUCAGAAUUAUCGAUUGGAAGCCCGAUGAGCUUAGUUGUCAGUUUAAUGUAACCGGUGAAAAACUGUUGAUAAUACAUUGCAACAUCACGGAGUCAUACCCCUCUACACCCCCAAUCUGGUUUGUUGACUCUGAUGAUCCAAGUCUGACAGAGGUGUUGGAGCGCUUGGAAGAUGUCAGAAAAGGAACAUCUUUGCUCCUGCAGCAGCUGAAGCGUCUCAUCUGUGACCUGUGUCGACUGUACAACCUGCCCCAGCACCCAGAUGUUGAGAUGCUAGAUCAGCCCCUCCCUGCUGGGCCCAUCAACCCAGAGCGCAAGCAUGGACCAGCAGAUGAAGUGACAUCCGAGGAGGAGGAGGAGGAAGAAAUGGGCGAGCAGGACAUUGAAGACCUGGACCACUAUGAGAUGAAGGAGGAGGAGCCUGUACAUGGGAAGAAGUCAGAGGACGACGGGAUUGAGAAGGAGAACCUGGCCAUCCUUGAGAAGAUCCGUAAGAACCAGAGGCAGGACCACUUGAACGUAAGUGCUCAUUCGGGUGCCGUUUCUGGUUCAGUUCAGGCGUCUGAUCGUCUCAUGAAGGAACUCAGGGAGAUCUACAGAUCACAAAGUUACAAGACAGGUGAGAGAUCGACAGGUCGGGGUUACAAGACAGGUGAGAGAUCGACAGGUGAGAGAUCGACAGGUGAGAGAUCGACAGGUGAGAGAUCGACAAGUCAGAGUUACAAGACAGGUGAGAGAUCGACAGGUCAGAUUUACAAGACAGGUGAGAGAUCGACAGGUGAGAGAUCGACAAGUCAGAGUUACAAGACAGGUGAGAGAUCGACAGGUCAGAGUUACAAGACAGGUGAGAGAUCGACAGGUCAGAGUUACAAGACAGGUGAGAGAUCGACAGGUGAGAGAUUGACAGGUCAGAGUUACAAGACAGGUGAGAGAUCGACAGGUCAGAGUUACAAGACAGGUGAGAGAUCGACAGGUGAGAGAUCGACAGGUCAGAGUUACAAGACAGGUGAGAGAUCGACAGGUCAGAGUUACAAGACAGGUGAGAGAUCGACAGGUGAGAGAUUGACAGGUCAGAGUUACAAGCCAGGUGAGAGAUCGACAGGUGAGAGAUUGACAGGUCAGAGUUACAAGACAGGUGAGAGAUCGACAGGUCAGAGUUACAAGACAGGUGAGAGAUCGACAGGUCAGAGUUACAAGACAGGUGAGAGAUCGACAGGUGAGAGAUUGACAGGUCAGAGUUACAAGACAGGUGAGAGAUUGACAGGUCAGAGUUACAAGACAGGUGAGAGAUCGACAGGUGAGAGAUCGACAAGUCAGAGUUACAAGACAGGUGAGAGAUCGACAGGUCGGGGUUACAAGACAGGUGAGAGAUCGACAGGUGAGAGAUCGACAGGUGAGAGAUCGACAGGUGAGAGAUCGACAGGUGAGAGAUCGACAAGUCAGAGUUACAAGACAGGUAUUUAUUCGGUGGAGCUAGUCAAUGACAGCCUUUAUGAAUGGCACGUCAAAAUAAGAACGGUAGACCCAGAUAGUCCGUUACAUAGUGACUUGCAGGUUCUGAAGGAAAAGGAAGGGGUGGACUACAUUCUGCUCAGUUUCUCAUAUAAAGAUAACUUUCCUUUUGACCCACCAUUCGUACGGGUCGUCUCUCCUGUUCUGUCCGGAGGGUACGUUCUUGGCGGCGGGGCCUUGUGUAUGGAGCUUCUCACAAAACAGGGUUGGAGCAGUGCCUAUUCCAUUGAGUCUGUCAUCAUGCAGAUCAACGCGACCCUAGUCAAAGGAAAAGCCAGGGUGCAGUUCGGAGCCAAUAAGAAUCAGUACAGUCUUGCCAGGGCACAACAGUCAUACAAAUCCCUGGUGCAGAUUCACGAAAAGAAUGGCUGGUACACACCUCCUAAAGAAGAUGGGUAAAGAGUUCACUCAUCAUUCUCCCUGGGAACAUAAUGUCUUUUGGGUAAAAAAAAA